AUGAUUUGUAGCAAGACGCCGCCGCAAGGACGCGGGCGGCGGCCGAGGCCUGGGGCAGAUGGAGCGGAAGUGUUUGAGUUGCGGAUUAUGAUUGAGUUACAUUGCUCCAACGCUUAUGUUAUUGUAGCUCGGCUUCACUGCGUCCGGUUACAAGGCGUCGAGAGGAGAGACGCGCUUAGGGCGUUCGGUAACGCGGCGUGCGGCUGUCAAGAGCAACGGAGGGGCACUGCCGCGCGCCGCCUCACGCUCGCGAGCCACGACUCCGCCGCUGAAGCAUUCCGCUCCGCCGUGCCAGAGGCAUGUGCCACCAUGGCCUCACUGGUGACCUACGGGGGUCAAAAGUGUUUGUGCUUUACCUUCUUGAUCAGUGAAGUGAGGUGGCCCAACUUAAUGCAU